CCCUCUCUGAAGUUGCCAGAGAUUUCCUCUCCAGCCUGCCCUUAUCUCAGUCCGCACGUUGUACUCGGUGACUAAUAGCACAAUAACAUUGUCUCGGAAUAAUAUAAAUUGAGGCUGUUUACAAAGUCCAUGGCGGUUGAAUAUAAAGCGAAGUUGGCUGCACCGUAAUCACUUGGCACUGUUGCACCGGAGUGGGAGCCCCUCAUCCUCUCUCGCUGGACUUUGGAUACUUAAUUAAUCGCGUUUGUUUUAUCUCUAUUUACUGGAAACUUUUUUUUUUUCUCAGAUUCACUUUAUUUUUAUUGAACUCUGAAUAAAGGAGAAUUAAAGAUCGAGACUGACCAUUUUGGGGAUUUUUGAACUUGCGUUUUUGAAAAUCAUUUUUACUAUUUUCAUUAAGACGAUACCUAUCCGGCUUCGUUAUGGAUCUACAAAUAAUUCUUUCUCUGCUGGUUGUCCUUGUGCAAGGAGUCAGUGCAACAGAGUCUCUCAGUGACAGCGCCAGACUUGCUAAUGAGCCCCUUGCUACAGCACAACAGACAAGUUCGCGUCGCUCAUCUGGCGCCCCCUUGCGAUCUCGUAGGGUUAAACGUUGCUCCUGUUCCUCCUUAAUGGAUAAAGAGUGCGUCUACUUUUGCCACUUAGACAUCAUAUGGAUCAACACUCCUGAGAGAACAGUACCAUAUGGUCUUGGUGGGCCCCGCAUGAAACGGGCAUUGCAGGACACUGACCCUGAAAGACUCUCUGAGCGUGCAGGCAGGUGUGUGUGUGCCAAGCAUAAAGACAAGAAAUGUAUGGACUUCUGCCAAGCAACAGCAGAGCCCAGUGUUCAGCCAUCUGUUGCCAAAGACAGUAGACAAGUUCAGCAGGCCACAGAGUGUGAUGGCCUCAGGCUUGGACAGCAGUGCAUUCAAAAACAACAUCACAGGAACAACAAGGUGAUGAAAAGAUCAGGAAGCAUUGAGCAGGCCAUUAAGAAUUCCUUUGCCUUUGCCAGCCUAAUGAAAAAACCCAAUGAGACAAGAGAAACCUCACAUCACUGGAUGCAUAAAAACUGGGGAGUAUGGAAACACAGGAAGACAACAUCAUAGUGACAACAUGAGGGCCAAGAACAUAUUAAACUGCUUUCAGCAAAUGUUCAUUGAGAAGUGCCCAGUGUAUUCAGGAAAAUAAAAAGCUGGGAUAAUAGGAAUACUGCAGUCCGAUUUGGAACAGAAUGGAAAAUACCACUUGCUGGAAAUGGAGAACAAAGUUACAACCAAGAGGUUCUAGAAAGAAGAGUUUGAACCUAACGUUGGUUGAUAGUUCAGAGAGCAUCAAAUGCUACUUACAUGGACAGGGAAACACUGGAACUUAGAAUAGGAAAGUGCCUUAAUUCUGCACAACAGACACUGCAAAUAGCGAUUCUGCCACCUUGGCAUUAGACAGAGGACCUUAUGCCAUUAAAUAAAGACUUCUUUCUCGUGCCUAUGUCUACCUCAGUUUUAAAGCAAUAAAUCUGGACUUUACCUUAGCUUAGCCUAUAAGAAGACCUUUUGCCUGUAACCUUUCUUUUUUCCUAGUUCCCCGGAACUAAUCAGGCCUUGCAUGUCCCGCUGAUCUUCAAUUUGUCUUUGGCUGGUUGGCAUUGCCAUGGCAAACUAAGUGGGCUUGAGGAAAACUGGUAAUAAGCAGAAGCUCGGUAAUUUUUAUAUCGGCGGUGAUCAAUGUUGGUAUCUGCACAUCUGAUUCAUCUGCUGUUCUUUGCCUAAUUAAAUUUAUUAUUUGGAUAUUUUUAAUAAAUAUAUUUAUAUUAAUAUUUGUAAGAUGACUAUAUUUACUGUGUUAAAUAUACAUUGGGACAGGCCACAUUGGUCUAUGCAUGUAUGUUGUAUUUCUAUAUGAAAAAGAGCUUAAUGCCUCCAGUGGUAAAUAUGUUUAAUAAAGGACUGUUUGUUUUUUAA